UUAUUGCCUCGAUGAAUUAUGCUCUGGGACAGGCACUGUGCAGGGUCAUGGUACCACUUGUUGCUCUGCUGCCGCUAGAAAGUGAUAGCAUGUGUGUUUUCCUUUUGCAGUUGGAAAGACAUCCCUGAUCACCAGGUUUAUGUAUGACAGUUUUGACAACACUUAUCAGGCAACCAUUGGCAUUGAUUUCCUGUCAAAAACCAUGUAUCUAGAAGACCGCACGAUCAGGCUGCAGCUGUGGGACACAGCCGGCCAGGAGAGGUUCCGCAGCCUCAUUCCCAGCUACAUCCGUGAUUCUGCUGUUGCUGUCAUUGUCUUUGACAUUACAAACCUGAACUCCUUCCAGCAAACCUCCAAGUGGAUUGAUGAUGUUCGAACAGAGAGAGGAAGUGAUGUCAUCAUCAUGUUGGUGGGGAAUAAAACUGACCUGGCAGACAAGAGGCAAAUCACCACAGAAGAAGGUGAGCAGAGAGCCAAAGAACUGAAUGUGAUGUUUAUCGAGACCAGUGCAAAGACUGGCUACAAUGUGAAACAGCUUUUCCGCCGUGUGGCUGCUGCCUUACCUGGGAUGGACAGCACACCUGAAAAGAGCAAAGAAGACAGUAUCCUUGCCUGCUACUUGAUGGUUUCCUUAAUUCAUCUUCUCCAGUGAUCGACAUCAAACUAGAGAAGCCUCCUGAGCAGCCAGUAACGGAGAGUAGCUGCUCCUGCUAAAGUGCCCAUUGUGUAGCAGCACUUUCCCCAAUUGGCCAGUCUCACUGAAGAGCAUCACUUCUCAUUGGCUAGGCAAACCAACUUUCUGUGGGCUGAAAAAAUCUACUAAGCGAGCGAACUCCCUGUUUGCUGGUGGGGAGCAGCCCUGGCCGCCCCUCUUACUGCAUGGUACGAGCCCCGAACUCAGAAUGAGUGUCCUGUCCUUCUUUAGUUGUUGCACUUUGGCACCGUGGUGCCCUUUACUCUGUUCCCCACCUUGGGCCUAUCUGCUCAGAUGUAUCUUCCUCCUGCAAAUGCAACGGGAAAGCCGUCAAGUUAGGGAAAACAAAAAUACAGCUGGGGGUGGGCUCUCCACCUUCCUAAUUGCCUUGCAUCUCAGCCGGUUCCCCUUCCACUCCAGUAAUGUUUUUUUUCCAUCCAGCUUCCCUACUUCCUUUUUAGAAGCUGCUCCUUUAAAACUAGUCACAACUGGACUUGGCCUUGCCUGUUUUGACAGUGGGGGGUGAUGUGUUUCCAUGCCUUGCUUCCUGAAGGGUGCACACAUUAACAACUCCGAUUUCUUUCUCCCCCUCCAGUGGAUGGUCUCAUCUAACUCCUGCUCCCUCAUUCUUGCAGUUUGUGAGAAGGAACUUCUCUGCCUUGCUGUUCCACCCAUUGGUGUGAGUGUAAGCAUGGGGCACUCCUCUCCCAAACCGUGCCAGCACAAGCCAUUUAUCUUGCUGCUGCCUUUGCCCUCUAGGUGGGAAGAAUUCCCUGAGAUUGCUACGUUGGGGCAGAUUCUUCACCUGUCCUCUCCCUGGAGAAUGUUAGUGCUCAGUGAAUGCUGCCAGUUGGAUGUGGAAGAGGAAGGUAGGCUGGUUUGGUGCAGUAUGAAAUCUCUUGGGGGAGCUGGGUCCAGUCUGUUUUUGACAAUCUGGGCUCUAUCUGCUGAUGGCAGGGAAAGAUAGAAUAGCCUAGAAUUCAUCACAGAAGCAUCAGAAUUUGGAUGGGGAGUCCCAGGGCCAUUCUCCUCUUUUGCUUUUCUGUCCUUUCUGAUUUCUCCUCCUCCUUCCAUCUGCAGACAGACUGGGGAACUGCUCUUGUGGAACAUGCACAUGCUCUUCUCUUUAUUAGGCAGACUAGGAUACAAGCUUCACAGUUGGAAGGAAGUGGGGGGUGGAAAUGGAGCUUGUACUGCACAGGUGGCUCAGUACCAGUGGUACCAGACCAUAUGCUAGAAGCAUUGCUAGGCUCUUCAUGGGAUUGAAUGCAAGAGAUUAACUUUAUUCUUGAUUAUUCAGCCUGUUGUCCAUGGAAUGGGAUGCGUCUCCCCUCUGCCUGCCUUCUGUCUUUAGUGGGGAACCUCCCUGCCCCUCUGUGUAAUGUAGAUGAUGCUGGGCCAUAACAUUGUAGGAGCAGUAGAAUAUGAGAGUUCACUUCAGAAAGGUGGAAAGUAGGAUUGGAGCAGGCUGCUGUUAAUUGAGAGGAGGCCUUGCUGUCUGGUUGCUUCUGUGUCACAUGCUAGACUUUAGAGUACAUGUCCCUUUUCCAGCUGUCUUAAAGGGGAUUUUAUAAGUGACCUGUCUCUCUCCGUAUCCACAGCUCCACAGUGCUGAGUUCUGUCCAUUGGCAGGAGUAGGAAAAAAGAGUGAGAUAGUAGUAGAGUCCUCUUAGACCCCAUAGUUGUCCAUGUGGCCUGUGCAAUGUUAGCAGAGUAGAUCUUGAGGGAAAGGGAGCGACUGUACUGGAAUGGGUGAGGGCAGGGGACUAUAGCAUGAGGCAGGUUAAAUAAAUUCCCCCUACCACCACCUUUGAAUGCCUUCUUGGUCACUGACCUGGCUCUCUGCACUUUGGAACCUGCUGGCCUGUGCCUGGUGAGGGAGGGACUGGUACUCUUUAUCUGCAUGACCUAACCUUAACCCUGGCCACCGUGGAAUUCCCGGGAGUGGGAGCUUUCAGCUAAUGACACUGGGGCUGCUUGUGUCUAGGCUAGGUGGACUUGAUGAGUGCAACACCUGCCAGGCUUUCACCUCUUAGUCACUAAAGUAGUGAAUCUUGGGCAGCAUUUGUCCCGUCCUCUCCACGUAAGCUGACCUGCAGGGGGAAGCUGGGAUGUUAUGUUGUUUCUCCUUCUUAUUCUGGAGUGUCCCCCUUUCUUACCAAAACCUCAAAUGGCCUAGUCCAAGCCCAUUGACCCUAAUGCCUGUGUGAAGUCCUGUUCCAUUGUGUGUAUGUACUCCCUGUUGUGUGGGAAUUGCUGAUGUUUUGUCAGUGUGUCUAUGUCUGCAGUAGAACAGGUUUCUCUGUCCCCUUCUCACAGCCAGAUAGGCCCUGCCUCUGCUGUCAUAUUGUUCUCAAGUCACUG